UUUUAUAUUUCGAGGCGCGCAAGUGCGCGCGACCGGCCCCUGGGGCUGCAGAGCCGACCAAUGAACAGGCGCUCCCUCUGCGCGGGCUCGGGAUUGGGCGAGCCGCGCCAGCCUCCCUGCCUAGCAGCGGGCGGGGCACACCCAAGAGCGACUGGGAUAGGCGCGUUCGCUGUGCCAGAGUCCCGGGGGCGCGUGCGCGGACUCGCGGCGGCCGCGGGGGCCGGUCUCGCGCGGUCUCGAGGUGGAGUCGCUGGCGGCGGCGACGGCGGCGACUGGCCGUGGGGUAGGGGCGGAGACUAAGGAUUGUGAGGUGGGGAAUCGGGAGUUUCGGGAUUCUUUAUCCGGUAUCUUAAGUGCCGUUGGGGAACUGUCGUUUCUGCAGUGUUUAGGAGCGGCGGGGGUGGGAGGAUCGGCGGCUGCUGUGGCGCAGAGAGUAAGAAAGUUAGCCUGAGUUCUUGAAAAACCAGAGAAGACAAACUAAGAGGAUAGUAGACAAAGUCUUUCCAAUUUACAUAAUAUUUCCUUCAUGGAUACAUUUUCAUAGCAUUAUUAUAUGAUGUAAGAAGUUUUGUGUUUUUUUUUGAAGUAACAUGGAUUUUAUACUACAGAAUCAAGAUAUUGGCUUUAUAGGAAAAAUUGAUUUAUAAAAGUGGUUCAGGUUUUUAUAGAUAACCAUGACAACAUCCCAUAUGAAUGGGCAUGUUACUGAGGAAUCAGACAGCGAAGUAAAAAAUGUUGGUCUUGCAUCACCAGAGGAACACCAGAAGCACCGAGAGAUGGCUGUUGACUGCCCUGGAGAUUUGGGCACCAGAAUGAUGCCAGUCCGGCGAAGUGCACAGUUGGAGCGUAUUCGGCAGCAACAGGAGGACAUGAGGCGUAGGCGAGAAGAAGAAGGGAAAAAACAAGAACUCGACCUUAAUUCUUCUAUGAGACUUAAGAAACUAGCCCAAAUUCCUCCAAAAACUGGAAUAGAUAACCCUAUAUUUGAUACAGAGGAAGGCAUUGUCUUAGAAAGUCCUCAUUAUGCUGUGAAAAUACUAGAAGUAGAAGACUUGUUUUCUUCACUUAAACACAUCCAACAUACUUUGGUAGAUUCUCAGAGCCAGGAGGAUAUUUCACUGCUUUUACAACUUGUACAAAAUAAAGAUUUCCAGAAUGCGUUUAAGAUACACAAUGCUGUCACAGUGCACAUGAACAAAGCCAGUCCUCCAUUUCCUCUCAUCUCCAGCGCACAAGAGCUUGCUCAAGAGGUACAAACUGUUUUGAAGCCAAUCCACCAAAAAGAAGGACAAGAAUUAACUGCUUUGCUGAAUGCUCCACAUAUUCAGGCACUUUUACUGGCCCAUGAUAAGGUCGCUGAGCAGGAAAUGCAGCUCGAGCCCAUUACAGAUGAGAGAGUUUAUGAAAGCAUUGGCCAGUAUGGAGGAGAAACUGUGAAAAUAGUUCGUAUAGAAAAGGCUCGAGAUAUUCCAUUGGGUGCUACAGUUCGUAAUGAAAUGGAUUCUGUCAUCAUUAGUCGGAUAGUAAAAGGAGGUGCUGCAGAGAAAAGUGGUCUGUUACAUGAAGGAGAUGAAGUUCUGGAGAUUAAUGGCAUUGAAAUUCGGGGGAAAGAUGUCAAUGAGGUUUUUGACUUGUUGUCUGAUAUGCAUGGUACUUUGACAUUUGUUCUGAUUCCUAGUCAACAGAUCAAGCCACCUCCUACCAAGGAAACUGUAAUCCACGUAAAAGCUCAUUUCGACUAUGACCCCUCAGAUGACCCUUACGUUCCAUGUCGUGAGUUAGGUCUGUCUUUUCAAAAGGGAGAUAUACUUCAUGUGAUCAGUCAAGAAGAUCCAAAUUGGUGGCAAGCCUAUAGGGAAGGGGACGAAGAUAAUCAGCCUCUGGCUGGGCUUGUUCCAGGGAAAAGCUUUCAGCAGCAAAGGGAAGCCAUGAAACAAACCAUAGAAGAAGAUAAGGAGCCAGAAAAAUCAGGAAAACUGUGGUGUGCGAAGAAGAAUAAGAAGAAGAGAAAAAAGGUUUUAUAUAAUGCCAAUAAAAAUGAUGACUAUGACAAUGAAGAAAUCUUAACUUAUGAGGAAAUGUCACUUUAUCAUCAGCCAGCAAAUAGGAAAAGACCUAUCAUUUUGAUUGGUCCACAGAACUGUGGCCAGAAUGAAUUGCGUCAGAGGCUCAUGAACAAAGAAAAAGACCGCUUUGCAUCUGCAGUUCCUCAUACAACUCGGAAUAGGCGAGACCACGAAGUAGCUGGUAGAGAUUACCACUUUGUCUCACGGCAAGCAUUCGAGGCAGACAUAGCAGCCGGAAAGUUCAUUGAACAUGGUGAAUUUGAGAAAAAUUUGUAUGGAACCAGCGUAGAUUCUGUACGGCAAGUGAUCAACUCUGGGAAAAUAUGUCUUUUAAGUCUUCGUGCACAGUCAUUAAAGACUCUCCGGAAUUCAGACUUGAAACCAUAUAUCAUUUUCAUUGCACCUCCUUCACAAGAAAGACUUCGGGCAUUACUGGCCAAAGAGGGCAAGAACCCAAAGCCUGAAGAGUUGAGAGAAAUUAUUGAGAAGACUAGAGAGAUGGAACAGAACAACGGCCACUAUUUUGACACAGCAAUUGUGAAUUCAGAUCUUGAUAAAGCCUAUCAGGAAUUGCUUAGGUUAAUUAACAAACUUGAUACUGAACCUCAGUGGGUGCCAUCGACUUGGCUGAGGUGAAGGAAGCAUCCAUUCUGUGGCAUGAUUGGACUUGAUUCGGCAAAGUGCCAGACAAAGGUAGCCCUGAUACUUCAGCAAGACUGAGUCUAAGGUGACAGGCAAUGUGGUCCUGAUCUUAGAUCUCAAACUAGUGAGAACAAAGUCCCCUUAGGCAAUUUGUGCACAGCAGUCUUUAUUUUCUUUGGCUUUAGCCAGUCUUGCCUCAUUUGGGGAUUCUGAAUGGAAGCUUUCAACAGAGCAGUUUCAUUUUAUCCAUGUAAAAACCUUGUUUUCACCUAAAUCUUUUCUGCGCAAUUUCCAUAAAGAAAGUGUGUAUGUACACAACGGUCCCUGUCUCACAGUUAUAUAAAUAUCGAUGUUAUUUAAGUUAACUUAAAUGACUACAUGAGAAUUUGGGGGGAGGGGUAGGCACUUUGCUUCUGGGCAAGACAAUAUUUGGUUAGAAAACUGGUUUAGUCAUCAUAAAUACUUUCCUAAAAAAAUUUUAAGGUGCCACUGGUCUGGCACUAUUCUGUUAGGCUUGAAUUCAUGUGCAUGUCUUUUAAUUCGUGAAAAACAUUCCGUUAGAAUCACCAAGUUUUUAGCUCAAACUGUGGAUCAGACUUUACUACACACUCAGCAGACUGAUCUAGUGAAACAUACAACAUAUGCUGAUCUUAUUAAAGAUAUGACUUUUUGAAUUUUUUUCUUAAAUUGUCGUAACUGAUUUGAUAACCUUGCUUCCUUUCUCUGAUCUGCAUAGUACAAUAGAAUGUGUAAGUUACAUUUUUAUGAAUGGCAGAUGUUUAUAUAAACUGUUGACUUUCUCAUGAUGCAAAUAAUUUUUUAUAUACAUGAGAGGAUGUGACAUUUGACAGUUUUUGCAUUUUUUAUAUAGGAACACAGUAUAAUUUGAUGAGUGAUAUAUAGGUAAUAAACUGGAAUUGUAAUGAAUAUAGCUGCUGUACUAUGUACUAAUAUUUAAUAAUGGUCAUUCAUAACACUUGUUCAGCAUUGGAAUAAAAUUAUAUCUGAGGGAAAUACUAUGACAAUUGACUUUGAGAUCAGAAAGGAUGACCUGAAAGUCAUUUGAAUAUUUUAGGAAAAGAAUAUGGCGGAAGGGGCAUUAAGGACAUAUAAUGAGGUUUUUAUCCUAACAAGGUCUGCCUCUUAUCACCAGAAUUCAACUGCUUGCUAAAUCGUGUGUUUAAGCUAAUGGGAUUUCCAUACUGGCAUGGAGUUAAUUUGUGGUCUUUUCAAGCCUUUAGGGAUGGCAUGACAUGUGACAACCAACCUCAAAUGUGAAUGUCUUGGUUUUAUUUUUAUGACUUUAGCUACAGCAUUUCCUGUUCUCAUGCUAAACACUGGAAUAAUAUUGAGUUGUCACUUAAUUUAACAUAAGCAGUUAUUUUUAAUGAGUAGUUUGUCUUGGUGUCAUGUAUCUUUCACAUAAUUUUAUUUGAACAAAUGUUGAUAGUAUAUAAGUUGCCUUUUUCUAUUCAAAUUUGCAUGGCCUUGAGGUUGGCUGUGGAGUGUGUCCUAUGUGGAAAUUUUCAAGAUAAUGCUCCUUAGGAAGAAGGUAACAUUCCUGGGUUAAGGGAAGGGACGCCACACGUAGUCUCUUCAGGUCUGAAACACUCCAAGCUUAUGGCAGAAGAUGCAAAGCUCACACUGAUUUUUAGCAUUGAAAACCAAGGAAUGUAUGGACUUCAUUUUUCAGUUUUCCAUUUUACUUUCUCAGGAAUGAAAGGUAGUCUAGACAGUGGUGUUUUGUGAGCUGCGUAUCAUAACUGACAACUAUUUUUAACCCUAAGAUCUAAAGUGUUGGCAGUUUGAAUUAGCUUAGACUGAGAUCUCAGGUAGUGUCGGUAAGUGGCUCCAUUGUGCCAGUCUCUGAGCUAGCAUGCAGACUGCUGGGCCACACUAGGGCCAUGUGCCAUCAAGCAAAUCCCCUACCAAGGCACAUGCCAGGCUGUAACAUACUUUAGGAAGUCUAAGGUGACAAAAGAUAUUUGGGGGGUCAGUAAAGUCUUAGUUCUUUCCUCAUCAGCAAUGGUAAAGAGACAGAAAUGUUUAUGUCCCAAACUUUUCUCAAUUCUAGAUAAAAUGGAUGUGCUGAUAUUCAACACAGUCCCUAAACAAAGUGAAAACCAAGUUGUUGCUGACUUUCUUGAAAGGAAAUAGGACAAAAGCCUUGCUGUAUACCUAGCUGUCCAGCCGCUCUGGCCAGUUCCAUUUCCUGUCCCUCUGUGGUUCUGAUUGGAGACCCUAGUUGGGGAGAGGUCUUAACCACUUAUAGGAAUGAUACCAAUAGCUAAUGAAAUGCACAUGUUAGUUCAAAUAAGGAAAUGUCUUCCUUUACUAAAUUUUCUAAGUCAGAACAAAUGGAAGAGACUAGUAAACUAAUCCAGAUUUGCUUUCUAUGAAAAUGUCUGGAUUUCUUUUCCUUUUCUCAUGGCCUAAGGAAUAAGUAUUGAUAAGGAAUAAUUUGAAUGUAAUUUUGUGAAUGUGUGUAGAAAAUAUGAACCAGGGAUUUAAGCCUUAAUAAAGGUAACCUUUCUGACAUUUAUUGUUAAUCCUCCUUUGUACUGUUAUCUUGUAUCUGCACUCUGUUAUUUUGAGAUGUCAUACUGCACACUGUAUUGUAAAAAUAAAAAGUAAAAUUAUAUUUCAAAUAAAAGCUACUGAGUGCUU